AUGAGUCACGCUUUGCGAAAAGUAGCUCAGUCCCCGUUUUCGAACAAAAUCGUGCGAGCCGAGAUGCCAAACAGGUUUACCCGUCCACCGUUCAACUGCUAUGACGGGAAGACUGAUCCGGUAGAACACGUCAGCUAUUAUAUUCAAAUGAUGUCUUUGCAUACUCAUAAUGAUGCGCUGAUGUGCAAGGUAUUUACUUCGAGUCUGGGACUAACUACUUUAAGGCGGUUUAACAGGUUACAAAAAGGAUCUAUACGUAGUUUCUACGAGCUAAUUCAGGAGUUCGGCGUUCAGUUUGUGACGUGCAACCAAGUACCUCAGCCAGUAGACGCGCUUCUUUCAAUGAAAAUGAGGGCGGGAGAGACCCUCUGUAGUUACGCCAGCCGGUAUUGGGAGCUAUACAAUGAGAUAGGUGGGGAUAAUGAAAGGGUCGUAGCAAACACUUUUAGGAUGGGGUUGCCUGAGGAUUCCAGGCUACGAGAGUCGUUGACCAAGAAGCCUCCCGAAGGCAUGCGGCAGCUUAUGAGACACAUCGAGGAAUAUAAACGAUUAGAGGAUGACCGGCUGUAG